AUGGAUCACUCUUCUUUUUUCAUACAGAACAUAGAUAAAUCAUUUAAUCUUCAUCAUCAAGAUAAGGUGCUCGAUAUAUCUGCGGGAUUCUUGCAACAUCUUGCUGGUGAUUCAUUAGUUCCUGAAUCUAUUGGUAGGAACUGCCUUGAAGAUGCCAAGGUUCUGCAACAGCUGGAUAAGAAAUUCAUCCCAGUUGUCGCUGGUGGAACACUUGCUGUUAUUGAUCAGCACGCAGCAGAUGAAAGGAUUCGGCUUGAAGAACUUCGUCAGAAGGUUUUAUGUGGGGAAGAGAAGAAAGUUGCCUAUUUGGAUGCAGAACAAGAGCUGAUUUUGCCAGAGAUAGGGUAUCAAUUACUGCAGAAUUAUUAUGAUCAUGUAGAAGAUUGGGGUUGGAUAUGCAAUGUUCAUGUACGAGGCUUGGAGUCCUUCAAGAAGAGCUUAAAUGUUCUCCACAAGCAGCGAAACAUUGUCAUGCUUCUGGCGGUGCCCUGCAUUUUAGGUGUGAACUUAACUGAUAUAGAUCUUCUGGAAUUUCUUCAGCAGCUGGCUGAUACAGAUGGAUCGUCAACGAUACCUCCAUCUGUGCUUCGAGUUCUUAAUUCUAAAGCAUGCAGAGGUGCAAUUAUGUUUGGAGAUUCUCUGCUGCCGUCAGAAUGUUCAUUAAUCAUUGACGAGUUGAAACGAACAUCACUUUGUUUCCAAUGUGCUCAUGGGCGACCUACCACAGCUCCUCUUGUCAGCAUGGAGGCACUGCAUAUGCAGAUAGCUAAGCUUGGUUCUAGUGAGGCUUGGCAUGGGUUGCAUCGUCAUGAAGUCAGUCUUGACCGUGCAAUAAUGCGGUUAAGUGCUGCUAGAGGUUCUUGUUGAGAUAUCAGAUGUUACUCCUCCGGACAUCCAUGCUUAGAUGCAGUUAUAAUAGUUGUCUAUUACAUUUUUACAUUGUAAAAUCAUUUGUGUAUCAUGUAUAGCCUGUUUUAGUAUUCAAGCAUACAAAGAUCAUGCUAUUGUUCAUAGAGGAUGGUGUCAUUAAAAAUUGACAAGAGUGUUAGAGAGGAAGAGAGGAAUAUUAUGAGAUUUUCUUUCUUGGUGAUAGUGAGAAGUAACUUUUUCCAUCAACUCCCCUUAAGUUAGAAGGUAUUGUUUA